UCUGUAGGCGGUCGUGGAGAAGUCAACACUCGUUUUCAAAAGCUUGACUUUUCGUUGUUCGCUAUCACAAAGAGCUGGUCUAAGUCCAAUCGUAGUAUAUCGCGCAGGAGUAAAUACAUAUAUAAAUUACUUGAUAUUCAACAUGCAAAUACGUUUGACACUUUUGCGUGCUAUAGGACAUUGCAAACAAGUAAAUGCCCAAUUAAAUGCUGUCAGAUCGGCAAGUUAUCAAUGUCAACUGAAUAAUCGAAGAUGCUAUUCGGACCGGGCUUAUUUCCACCAGGUGGGUAACGAACCUUUGCUCUAUCGCACGCUUGGACAACAGGUACAGAUAUCCGCUUCAAAGUAUGGCGAGCGGCCUGCGCUAAUUUCGAGGCACGAAAACAAGCGUUACACUUUCGCUGAAAUUAAAAAUGAAGCGGAAAAUCUUGCAGUGAAACUCAACGAACUCGGCAUGCAGCGCGGCGAUCAUUUGGGACUUUGGAUUACAAAUAAUUCCCAGUGGUACAUCACUUACUUGGCAGCGGCACUGGCUGGUUAUACAGUUGCUUGCAUUAAUCCAGCAUUGCAGGCGCAAGAAAUAGCAUAUGCACUCAAGAAGGCGCGCGUUAAAACGCUCGUUACGAAGGCCAACUGUGGCCUGCAAGACUUCUGUGGAAUUUUGAAAGAAUUACUGCCGAGCGCGAGUUUAAAUGGCCGCGGUCCCAUUGACGAUCCGAAAUUUCCCUAUUUAAGGCACGUAGUUGUGCAAAGUGACGCGCCGCUCAGUGAGUUCCUAAGUUGGGAGGAGUUGAGCCGCAGCAAAGCUGAUUUACAAGAUAUAAGCGCACUGAAUAAAAAUGUUGAGCUCAUCGCGCCGGAAAGCGGCUGCAAUAUACAAUUCACUUCAGGUACCACUGGCGUACCCAAAGUGGCGUUACUUAGUCACUUUUCCUACUUAAAUCAAGGCCAUCAGUUCGGUUUCUUUUAUGAGUUACACAAGUCGCAUAAAACUAUUUGUUUGACAUUGCCCUUCUUUCACAUCUUCGGUUUGAGCGUCGUGAUGUCCGCCUUAAGUCAUGGCGCGACAUUGGUGCUCCCCAGUCCGCGGUUCGACAGUGUUGCGGCGCUUGAGAGUGUGGCUGCCGAAGGCUGUAAUAUGAUAUUCGGCACGCCCACCAUGUAUGUCGAUCUGUUGGAGAAGCAACGCGAGCUGAAUAAGCCAAUUCAUACACUGGAGACAGGUAUUGUCGGUGGGGCGGCGUGCACGCCAGAAAUCUAUACUCAAACGAAAAAAAUGUUUGCUCUAAAAAACUUUUACAUCGGCUAUGGAAUGUCAGAAAACUCAGCGGCCUCCUUUAUGCAGGAUGGCACAGAGAGCGAAGAGGAAGCAGCGCAAACUGUUGGCCGUUUGUUGCAACACGCGGAGGCUAAAGUUAUCGACGAUAAAGGAGAGACUGUACGAUUCGGGGAAGUGGGUGAAUUGUGUGUUCGUGGAUACUUUGUGAUGACUGAAUAUUACGAUGAUGUCGAGAAAACCAAAGAAGUGUUGGAUAAGCAUGGCUGGCUCAAAACUGGCGACACUUUUAUACUAGAACCUAAUGGUGUGGGACGCAUUCUUGGACGUAAGAAAGAUGUCAUCAUACGUGGUGGUGAAAAUGUAUUUCCUAAAGAGAUAGAAGACUAUCUGGAUACACACGUGGAUAUUAUAGAAGCGCAGGUAAUUGGUAUUCCGGACAAGCGCAUGGGCGAAGAAAUUUGUGCUUAUUUACGUUUACGCUCUGGCGCUAAAGAACUUACGGUUGAUGAAGUUAAGAACUUUUGUAAGGGCAAAAUAGCGCAUUUCAAAGUGCCUCGUUAUGUGCGUUUCGUUGACGAAUAUCCAAAAACUACAUCUGGGAAGAUACAAAAGUUCGAAUUAUUGAACAUGUUUAACAAAGAAUUAAAAAGUUCUGAGAAUUAAAAAAAAAUUGAUUAUAAGUAGAUAUAUAUAUACAAAAAAAAUUAUAAGAUGUGGACUGUAUUA